GAAUUACAGGCUCAAAAUGAAUAUCUAAGGAAUCAAUUGUUAAAAUACCCAGAAAAUCGCAACAGAAACAUGAAUGAUUACUUAUCUUCAAGUAUUAGUCAAUUAACUACUGAUGUCACUACUUUAAAAGCUAAGCUGAAAGAGAUGGAACAAUUGAAAAAUUCUAUGGAUGAAAGCUGCAAAGAGGCUGUUCAAGAAUAUCAUUUCAUAGUAGUGAAACAACUUACUGAUUUAAAACAACAGUUGGACGAGUCUCGAUUGAGAAACGAGGCUCUGGACCAUACUGUAGCUGUAAUAGCUAAAAAGUUGGAACAAAUCAGCCAUGGUAAGGUAAGAAGUAGAACCUUUAUUUGUAAAAUGAGAACUGUAAGAUAUAUUUUGAAGGAUGAGCAAAGUAAAGCAGUGGAACAACAAUGGUUAGAUAAAAUAAAGAUGAUAUGUGAACGAUUUGAUUCAUUUACAAAAGAGAAGAAUAAAGAAUUACAACUAAAACAGGAUUUACUUGAAAAAAGAGAUAUAGAAUCAUCAAAAAAGGAUGCAGGAAGGAAGGAAGAAAUUGAAUUACUGACUAAUAAAAUACAAAAUUUAGAAAUGAAAUUAGAAAUGAAGUUUAGAGAUGUAUUUCUUUGUAAAUCAUAGAAUAUUUCAAUACGUUUAUACUUAAAUAUAUUAUUGACUAGUACUGUAUUCCUCUCAGGAAGAUAAAUCACAGAAAAUGAUAGUUGAACAAUGUACAAUGAUGAAAGGAGAAUUAAAUAAAAUGAGAAUCGAAAUGGAUCAUGAAACUCAGAAACAAAAUCAAAAUUUAAUGUCUGAAGUUUCUACUUUGAAAAAGGCUGUUGUAAAACUAGAAAAAUCAAAGGAGAGACUCGAGUACGAUUAUGAAAAGAAACUGUCGCAUAUCAUCAAGGUAAAUUAAUUAAGAUAUUAUAUUACUAGGAAUUAGUUCUACUUUAUGUAUUAUAUCAUAGAACAAAGAUAUGGAAAUAAAAGCCUUGCAUUUACAACUGCAAAAACAAAAAAAUGAAUUGUACACAUCUCUGAGUAUAAAGAAGCAAAAUGAAGUGGAUAAUAUAGUUUCUAUAUUAGAGGAGCGAUAUAAAACGCUUUUGGCAGAAACAGAAGCAAUGUCAGAAUCUAAAAUUCAGGAGUAUCUUAUGGUACUGAGCGCCGUAAAUUUUAUUUAAAAGUAAUCUAAAAAUAUACGCAAUAAGAUAAUAAUAAUGGUUAUUACAAAUUUUAGAGAAUAGCUAUUCUUGAAGAUCAAGUACUUAAUAUGAAGAAAUUUGAGUCGACCUUAUAGCGUAGUGAUUUCGUAAUAGUUUAUAGUAGAAUAUAAUUAUAUAAUUGUAAAUUAUAUAUAUGUUUGUUCUUAAUAAAGGGUACAAGAAACGA